AUUGCAAUAUUACAACAUAAUGACUUUAAUAAGAUUUAAAGCUCAGUCUUAUUGCAUUUGAAAGAAGUUCUGCAAGGUGUAACACACAGUGAGAUUCUCUCUAUAGUGGAUCCAAGCAAAAUCAUCGAUAUUUAAUUAUCCUGAUAUUUUUUUGGAGAAGAAAGAACUUAGAGAUCAAAAUGUAUUUAGUAUUAGUGAUGAUGGUUCUUUGCAUGUCAUAUUCUUAUGCAGAAACUAACAGUAUUGGUACAAAUAUUAAGCCAUCAAAUCCAAUUGAAGAGCGAAUUGGCUGUGUCUGUGCUGUAUUUUUAAGUGGGCAAUUUACAAAAGGAAGCAAAGAGCAGCCUAAAGGAUAUCCUGCAUUUCUUCAUGAACAUCCCGAUACGGUACCAUGUAAUACUAUUGGAAAUAAGCUUUGCACUAGCAAAUGUCUUGAAGCUAUAGUAAAAUAUUUACCAAACAGUUCGACAAUGAUUUGUGCUUCUUUAGAUCGUGAUUGUCACAAAGAAAGGGCUUAUCUUUUCAUCAAAAAUUGCAAAGAUGAAUGGAUAAAUACAAAUCUAUCUGCUGGUAGAGAAUAUUGUUGUAAAGAUGGCUCACCAUAUAAAUGUAAUUAAAGUAAAUUUAAGAUUUUUUUUGUAUAAAAUAAUUAAUUUUUAAGUUUGACAAGUUAUACAAGUAUUUAAUAGAUAUAUUGGCUUGAUAUACUUUGUUUAAUUCUUUUGAAUAUCCCACCAGUUUUCUAAAUAUAGCUUCUUGAUC